CGAAACAUCUCGAACCAAACCCACCCCCCUCCUCCUCCUCGCCCUUCAUCCCCUCCACGCCGAGGCAUCCCCAACACGAUCACAUCGGACCUGGCGCCCCUCUUUUCAAAACUCCCAACCGUAAAUUCGUCGGGCGGGGCCAAAGCGACAGAGAUUGAAACGCAAUCAUGGCGGCCGGAUCCACCCAAAAUGCGCAGCCCCAGCUGCUCUUCGUGGACGGCACGUUCGCGGAGCUGGCGACCGAGAUGGCCGAAUACCUGAACGUCGUCGACGAGAUCAAGCCCCUGGCCGAAGAUGACAGCAAGCGGGACGAGGUCCUGACCAAGCUGGUGCGCGCGUCGGCGGCGCUCAACUCGGUCCCGGAGAAGGAGUUCACGGCGGCGUCCAACCUGAUGAUCCACCUCGUGAUGCAGGCCGAGGAGCCCAAGAGGCACCUGCCGGCGCUGUGCCAAGCCUUCGCCAAACCGAUCCCGUCGUCGCCCGUCAACGGCGUCAACCUGAGCCUCAACGCCCUCACUACCGUUUUCAAUCUCAUCGAACCCAAGAACCCCAUCCGCUUCAACGUCUUCUCGGCCAUCCUCAAGUUCCUCAAGUCGCACGCCAUGUUUGACGUCCUGCAGCCGUAUCUGAAGCACAUCCCUGCUUGGUUUGAGGACUGGAACACGGGUGAUGAGUUUCAGCGGACUAUGUAUGUCGACAUUGCCGACGUUGCGGCCGAGGCCGGCCAUGCUGAAGAUAGCUUUGAAUAUCUCCUCAAAGCGCUGCGCACCUUCGAUGCCGACGACAAGGAGGAGCUCGGCUCCGAGGAGGCGCAGGAGCUCUCCCUGCGGGCCGUCAAGGAAGCCCUCCUGUCCCCGACGCACCUCCUCUUCAACGACCUCCGCAGCAUACCCGGCGUGCAGAACCUGAACGAGACGCACCCGGUCUGGGCGCAGCUCCUGGACAUCUUCGCCGAGCAGGACCUCGAGGACUACAAGGACUUCAACGACGAGCACGAAGGGUUCAUCGAGCAGGAAGGGCUCGACGACGACAAGCUCCUCCGCAAGAUGCGCCUGCUCACCUUCGCCAGCCUGGGCGCCCAGACGACGAGCCGCCGCAUCGAGUACGGCGCCGUCGCCCGCGCGCUGCAGAUCCCGUCCGAGGACGUCGAGAUGUGGACCAUCGACGUCAUCCGCGCGGGCCUCGUCGAGGGCAAGCUCUCCCAGCAGGACCAGGCCUUCCUCGUCCACAAGGUCACCUACCGCGUUUUUGGUACCCGGCAGUGGCAGGAGCUCGCUACCCGGCUGAACUCGUGGCGCGGCACGCUCGCGAACCUGCUCGAUGUCGUCCGUAAGGAGGAGGGCAACGCGCGGGCGCAGAAGGAGAGGGAAAUGCAGGAGCUCGAGCGUAAGGUGCAGGGCUUGGAUAGCGGUAACGGCGGCGGCGGCGGUGGUGGUGGCGGUCGGCAACGCGGUGGUCGUAGGGACGGUCCUCACCGGGAGCCUAAGGAGCCUCGGGAACCCAGACUGAGGACGGAGGAUGAGGAUUGAAGAGGUUGUGUGGGGAAAUGAGGAGGGGAGGAAACGUGGAAAAGAAGACGAACGAGGAGACUGCACCCUCCCUUGAUCAUAUUACGAGACGAGACGCUCUCUGAUGACGAUCCUAACCUGUUCUUUUGCGAUUAAAAACCCGCCCCCGGAGCUCGGGACGAAGGAGAAGGGUGUUACCCAUGACGGCUGCGUUUCUGUGGUAUAAAUGCUUCGCAAGGUGGGGCGAAAUGGGGGACAAGGAAGCCGUC